AUGUCCUGCUACAACCCGUGCCUGCCCUGCCAGUCCUCUGGCCCAACCCCGCUGGCCAACAGCUGCAAUGAGCCCUGUGUCAGGCAGUGCCAGGACUCCCAUGUUUACAUCCAGCCGUCCCCUGUGGUGGUGACCCUGCCCGGCCCCAUCCUCAGCUCCUUCCCGCAGAACACCGCCGUGGGCUCCUCCACCUCCGCUGCUGUUGGCAGCAUCCUCAGCUCUCAGGGAGUGCCCAUCAACUCCGGGGGCUUUGGUCUGUCUGGCUUGGGCAGCGGCAUCUGUGGCACGAGGAGGUGUUUCCCCUGCUAA